CUUCUUCUCACGCCCGAGCAGGACGCACGCCAUGGCUAUGUUCUCUUCCUCCUGUCCUCCGCCAUAGCAGUCCCUCCACACCAACUCCUCCACAACAUUUUCGGACGCUUCUCCACAGCAUCACUUGAGUGUUAUGGCUCCACCAAAAAAGAAAACUAAGGGGAAUGUGGUAGCAGUAGAUAGCUGUAAUGAAGAGUUGAAAGAAAUUGAUGAAGAAUGCCGUAAUGAAGUUCCGAAGCACCCUCGUAAUCUAUGGAUAUUUUUCUAGUAUGUCUUUUUGCAACUUUGUGAAUCUGUUAAUGCAAUGACAUAGAUUUGUGAUAUUGUAGUUUGAUUUGUAAUUUGUUGGUUGUAGCCAAGAACAAUGCAAGUUGAAGGAUGCUGAUUCGUCAAAGCCAAUGUCAAUAGAGGAAAUUUCUGAAAAGUGGAAAACUUUAGGAGACCAUGCUAAGUGAAAGUACAAGAAAAAAUCUAUCAGGAGUUCUGAGAAAUACAAAGAGCACAAAAUUAAGCUUGAUCUUCCAAAGGGUCCGAAGGUGGUAAUAGUAUCUAUGUUCAUUCAUAUGCUUUUCAGUUUUUAUUGCUCUCGUGAAAUUGAUUAGAGUUGUUGAUUUUGUGUUUAGAACACCUUUAUUUCAAGGACUCAACUUAAGGAGGCUUAUGAUAGGAUGCAAAAACUUGAUCCGCUUCAAGUAGAGAGUGUAAAAGCGAUGGGGUUUGGAGGUAUCUUAUAAUUGAAAUGUACGAAGUUAGAUCGAUCUCUUUGUGAGUGGUUGGUACGACAUUUCGAUCCUGUGUCUCUUUGCUUGCAUGUGCAUGGCAAGGACUGCAUAAAUACACCACUAGAUGUGAACCACAUUUUAGGAUUGCCAUGUGGUGGCCAGAGGGUGAUCCUUGAAGGGGAAUAUACCAAAAUUCAUGAAUUGUGUUUGAGGCAUAAAGUAGGUGACCAAGGUUCUAUAUCUUUUGAUCAUUUACACAAUUAUUUGAUGAACAACAAAAAGGACGACGAUGACUUCAAGGUUUCAUUUGUGUUGUACAUAAUGGGGACUAUUCUAUGUCCAACAUCAGAAUUUGGAGUCAAUAAGCGUUUUCUCCAUGCAUUAAAGGACUUGUCCUCUGUAAGGGAGUUGGACUGGAGCCAAUUUGUUCUUAAGUUUUUAGCCGAAGGCAUUCAAAAGUAUCAGAAAGGACGCAAAGUGAUUCGGGGAUGUCUAUUGUUCCUAAUGUUGUUUUACUUAGAACAUUGCACGCCAGCUGAAUAUUUCACUUCCCAAUGUGGUAUGCGACCUUCACCCCGCCUCUCAGCUUGGGGAGAUAAAGACAUAAGGGAGAAAGCUUGCUGGUUCAAUAAGACAAGAAAACGAAAAGGUGAAAAGGUCAAAGUCAUUAUUGAAGAUGGAGUUGGCAAGAGAGAGAAUGAUGAAUCAAGGAAGGGAGGUUGACCAUGAUAAAUCAAUGGAGAAUGACCAGGUUAAAAAUCUAACUAGUAUGGUAGAGAGAAUGUCGAGCCUAUUAGAAGAGACAUUGGCCGCUAUGCAUGAGAAAGAUCGUAAGCGUAAAUAUUCUAUGACUAAUGGAGGCAUUAACAAGAAAGACACUCCAUCUGCCUUGGAGGAACCCGAUGUCAAAGGACAUUUUAAAACUAAGAAGGCAAAAUGCACUGAAAAUGCAUUAUCGGAUCAAAUGACAUCUCCUCUAAAGACAAACAAGGAAAAAGGUAAGGAGGAAGCUAAAUUGAAUGCUUCAUCAAAGAAAUUACGAAAGAUGGCAGCUAAUGU